CGCCAACUUUUAUCUCAUGCAAACCAACUUUUCCCACAGAGAGCCAUUUCCGCUAUGCCGCCUACAAUUGUGCUGAUCCGGCACGCCCAAGGCCAUCACAAUGUUGAUAAUGACUUUAUGCUGCAUGAUCCAGAGCUCACUUCGCUGGGCAAGACACAAUGCAUGUCGCUAAAGGCAUCUCUACAUACACGGCUUGGACACUAUCCUACCAAGGAUGUUGCUGUGAUUGUUAGCCCUAUGUUGCGCACGAUGCAGACAGCAAGUAUCGGCCUGGACUGGCUAAAGGACCAGGGCGUGGUGUUUGAGGCUAGCGCUGACUGGCAAGAAAACUCCGACGAGCCCUGCGACACAGGCAGCCCAAUCUCUAAAUGGCAGGCUGAAUUCCCCCAUAUCGACUUCAGCAAUGUCGAUCCCAUCUGGCCGGACAAGACAUCGCCGGCGGCAAAGCGAUACGCUAAUACGCGGUCAGCCGUCAUGGAGCGAGGCAAGAUGGUGCUAGAGGCGCUCUAUCAUCGCCCGGAAAAGCUCAUCUACGUCGUCUCCCAUGGCGCGUUUCUGCGGGCAGGCGUGUCCAGCUUCUACUACCACAACGCAGACUAUAGAAUCUUUGACUUUGGAACAAAAGUGACCGAGACUGGCCGCCGGACUCUGACUCUUUCUGACGGCAUGGGGCGCGGGGCACUUGGGUUGAGCCCAGAAGAACCAGUUCCGUUAGGCGCUGGACUCUAUGACUAGACGAACCACUUGGAUUAGACGAACUCCUUUUUUUAGACUCUUUAUGACGACCAUAUAGAUGAGAAACAAUUAUAUUUCCGAUUUCCUUU